UUUGCUCUUGUCUUUCAGAGAGGAGUGCAGGCAUUCAAAGAGCAUCCUCCGUUUGACGGAGAAGACGAGGCCUCUCGAUGGAACCUCGCCUCUGAGAUGGCUCCUGAAUAUUCCGGCAGCGCAAUAGGGGCAGGGAGCUGGGUGAUGGCUGACAGCUGGUGGGCCGGGAGUUCCUCGCUGAGCGGGGACCACCUGACAGCAAAUGGAUCCAGUGGUGGCGCUGGCAGGAGUUUCCUCUUCACGGCUGCGGCCCCUGGGCUGGGCCUGACCAGGGGCUUCCACGACGAGGCCUCGGUGAGGGGCCUGACACCCGAGGACAUCGCCAAGGCUAGAAACACGAAGCCGAGCAGACCAAAGGGAACCCGCCCCAAGAUAAGCGAGCGUGCUCGUGAAAGGAAAGUGCCCUCCUCGCGAAUCAGCCGCUUGGCGAACUUUGGAGGUUUGGCGGUGAGCCUUGGCAUUGGUGCGUUGGCAGAAGUGGCCAAAAAGUCAGUGACUGGAAACCAGAUGUCAAAAGAGAAUAAAGGACUACUGGACUCCAGCCCCUUCCUUUCGGAGGCUAAUGCAGAACGCAUUGUCGACACACUGUGCAAGGUGCGAGGGGCUGCUCUGAAGAUCGGACAGAUGCUUAGCAUUCAAGACAGCAGUUUCAUCAACCCUCAGCUGCAGAAGAUAUUUGAGCGGGUGCGACAGAGUGCAGACUUCAUGCCAGCCUGGCAGACGAUGAAAGUGCUGGAUGAGGAGCUGGGACCACACUGGCGGGAUAAGCUGGCAGAAUUCGAGGAAAAGCCGUUUGCUGCUGCUUCCAUUGGGCAGGUGCAUCAUGGAGAACUUCAGGACGGCAGAGAGGUUGCCAUUAAAAUCCAGUACCCAGGAAUAGCUCGCAGCAUCAAGAGUGACGUGGAGAACCUGCUGUCUCUGUUGAAAAUGAGCAUCCCACUGCCAGAAGGCCUGUUUGCCGAGAGCGGAAUUGGGGUCCUGAAGCGGGAGCUGGAAUGGGAAUGUGAUUACGUACGGGAGGCGGCUUGUGCCAGGAGGUUCAGGUACAAUGGACUUGUCGUUCUACGAAGCCAUCCCCAAAUGAGAUCACUGAAAAGUUAAUCUUGGGAUUGUUUGAAGCAAAAUCUUUUGAGUUUUAUCAAGUUAAAAAUUGGAUGUUGUCAUGGGAGAGUGGAUGGACCAGAGAGAUGGGCGCUGAAGGCAUUUCAUAUCCCUGACAACUUCCUCUCUAGUUGGAGAAAUUGCGAUACGUUGUUGAUUUAUCUGUGAAGACAUAACUGAAAAGUGACAAACAAAACCUAGUGUCGGACAAGUAAAUUGGCAUUGCUAGUGACCAACUGGUAGAUGUAAGGUUUGCAUUUUGUGGUUGAUGCUGGCAAUGGAGCUGAGAGAGUGCAGAAACUUACCUCACAGCACCGCUUGGUGGCUAAAGCCUGCAACUACACUGUGACUGUUGACAUAGGAAAGUUGUGUGGAAAAUGUUAACAUGGCUUUUAUUCUCAUCGAGGUUUAUCUUUGUAAACUAUGUUGCAGUGUGUGAGUAGGACGUGCUUUACCCCCAUCUCCCAAGAGAUUAUAGAUUAAAAAGGGUGGGGGAACUGGAGAGGGGUAGUGUUGAACAGACUUUCGACGAUCCACAUAUUUUCUGCAUGUCUCAUGAAUUUAAAUGCAGCUUUGGAUUUUUAUGGCGCUGGUUAUAUCUUCUUCCCUGCUUUGCUGAAUUUGCUGCUUGAAUUCCUUGAAGUUUUGCAAGGAUUAACCUCAAUGCCACUAUUGAUGUAGAAUCAUCAAUCUGUGGAAUUGAAGCAGGUAAAAACCAAUGGAAUAAUAAUUGAAAGCAACCACACGAAAUAGGAAUAGAAGUAGGCCAUUCGGCCCCUUGAGCCUGCUCUGCCAUUCAAUAGGAUCAUGGCCGAUCCCACAUUUCUCAUGUCCACUU